AUGUUUUCAAUUGACUCGCUUUUGUUACUGAAACUAGGUCCUUUUCCGGAUAUGGCUCAUUCCAUGUAUGAAACCAAGAGAAAUAUCUGGUCAUGUCAUUUUCGAAGCGAAUACCCGUCACAAAGAUUGACAGAGAACCUGUCACAAAUUUCACAAAAAACACCAAAAUUGCCAAAGUCACAAAAGCAUGAAAAAGUCGAACCGAAAAGUGUUUCUGGUUUGAGUUUAGACAGAAUCCCUCCAAAUUCUCGAUUUUUCAUCAUCAAGUCGUUUACCGAAAAAGACGUUGCCUCGUCGGUAGAACAUGGAGUUUGGACAUCCACGGAUUUGGGUAACAAACGGCUUGAUAAAGCGUACAAGACAACCUCCGAAGACGGUGGGAAAGUCUAUUUGUUUUUUCUGGUCAAUGGUUCUGGAAGAUUUUGUGGAAUUGCCGAAAUGACAGCUGCUGUAAACUUCAAAUCCAAAUUAAAUAUUUGGAAUGAAACUUCGAGGUGGAGCGGAGUCUUUCCUAUUACAUGGGUGUCUACAGACUCUUUGCCUAACAGACACUUUGUGCAGCUAAGGAAUCCUUUAAACGAGAAUAAACCGAUAACUUAUUCGAGAGACACCCAAGAAGUGCCAUUCAAUAUUGCGUUCAAGUUUAUUGCGAUUUACGCAAAGUGUGACAUUUACAAACGGAAGUAG